AUGGAUAGUGUGCCAUACGACGAGUCAUCGGAAUUGGAAAACGACGAGAAUCAGCGUCCUCCGUUCCAUGGGAAUAGAUAUUUCAUGAUGUUGGCGGAGAAUGCGUGCAUCGAAGGAGGAUUCACGCUUAGAACGAUGCCAGGAAUCUUUCCAAUAAAGCCUAUUUCGCGAUGGACGAAGGAUGAGACUCGAGAUUGGCUUUGCGCUCUUUUCCGCAAGGCAACGACAGUUCGUAUCAGAUGUGCGCGUGCCAAUAUCGACGGGCGUUUAUUGAUGGGUUCCGAUAUCUCAGAACUCGUGUACACUCUCAACCUCCGUGUCGGGCAUAAAAUCCUGCUUCAUCAUGCUCUCACUACGAUGAAAGCUUACGAUUCGUACGUUGCCGACGGAUGCAGAACUUGUAUGGCGAGACUUCAUUAA